AUGAGCAAUGCACCGGGUUCGGGGCCUGGCAGAGGUCUCCCAGCUUCCAUUUACCUGCCUGCACCAGGCCCUGCCACCACUCCCAUUCUUCGCACGCGCAGGUCCUCUUACGCCUCCGUCGUCUCGCGCCAGCCCGGGCAAGACGGGCACGAGCACGAGCAUGAGCACGAUCAGCAGUUUCCAUCGUCCUCGUUCCGCCCAAAUCUAACCAUCUCAUCUAGCACCAACCUCCCCGAAACCAGCAACGGCUCCAGAUCCCGCACCCUCGCCCCCGGUUCCGCCGUCCUGGAUACCACUACAAUGCAGACCAACGGCGGUGGUCCAGGUCUAGGCGCAAGUGCAGGCGCAAGCGGUUGGCGCAGACCAAAUACCUUCCACCAGCAACACCAGCAUCAGAUCCAUAACAACCUCCCAUCAUACUCGAAACAGUUCGAGAGGUUGUUAGAUUACACCACUUCGCCCGUCCUGCCGUACGGAAUCAACCAUCCACACCCCGAAGACUCCUUCUUCACACCUUCAUACCUACGGUCUUCCAAAUACGUCGCCCAGCUAUACGCAGCACACAGAUCCAAGCUCUCCUCCCAGCGUGAUGCACAGGCACAAUCACAAUCCCAACAGACGCCUACGUCCGGAUCAUCGGCACAACACCAUGGCCUGCCCUCUUCAACUUCCUCGCUUUCUCUCUCUGCCUCGUCCAGCCAGCUUAAUUUGCACCGUAUGGCCCCCUCCCAUAGAGGUAUGACAUAUGAUAUCGUCGAGAAUCAGAGUUCGGGUACCGAGUCUACCGCGCCUGUUGACGGACAGAACCUCACCCCGCUACCUGCGCGCUGGAACGAGAGUGACAAGUACGGCGGCCUAGACCUGCUGGCAGACGGGCUGGAGGUGAGAUAUAUCGGCCAUGUGAAUAAGCAUGAACAAGAGGCGGCGGCCGUCCGCGCCGAUCAGCCCAUGCCGGUCAAGUGCGGCAUAUACUACUUUGAAAUCACUAUUUUGGCCAAGCCCAAGGAAGGUAUGAUUGGCGUGGGAUUCUCAAACAACAAGGCCUCGCUGGAGAGACUGCCAGGCUGGGAACAGGAUUCAUGGGCCUACCAUGGCGAUGACGGGAAGACGUUUUUCGGCGACAACCAGGGCCAGGGAAGGCCAUAUGGACCUACCUUUACCAUCAAUGAUACGAUCGGAUGCGGUAUCAUUUUUUCUACCGGGUCUGCGUUUUUCACAAAGAACGGUUCUUACCUUGGAAAUGCGUUCCGCGAUCUUAAGCCGUCAAAGCUCUACCCGUCUGUAGGGAUGAGAAAGCAGCCAGGCGCGCACGUCAGGGCUAACUUUGGCCAGUUUCCUUUCAUCUUCGACAUCGAUAGCAUGAUGGCGAAUGAAAAAUACGAUGUUCAGAGGAGCAUCCGGUUGACGGAAUUAUCUACUCUGCAUCCCACCCUAGACGAGACGGAAUUUAUGCAGAAACUCGUUGCCCAGUUCCUAGCGCAUGACGGAUAUGUAGAGACCGCCAAGGUCUUCGCGAAAGAAGUCCAAGAGGAAAAGCGUGCGCUAAAAAAUUCCGAGGACGCUUCCCUGAAGGAGUUCGAGAUCGAAGAUGAUAUAGAUGCCAUCAACCGGCAGAAAAUCCGCGCAGCAAUUCUAGAAGGCGACAUCGACAAAGCCCUCAAGCUCACAAACGCGCACUACUCCAACGUCCUCAGCGACAACCCACACAUCCACUUCCGACUGCGGUGCAGAAAGUUCAUCGAGAUGAUGCGCCGCUGCACCGAGCCACAACCAAUCACCACCACCCGCUCCUCAAACGGCCUAACUACAGACCCCGUCAACAAUGUAGCAGACGUCUUCACCCUCAACAUGGAAGUCGACGAUCAAAUGUCUGACCUGCAGCCCCAGGUUGAAGUCGAAGCGGAGAAUAACGAAGCCAUAGCUGCAGAUGAUAUGAUGGAUACUGAUGCGAACAACCACAACAACACCACGGCUAUGACGAAAGACCAAGACCUUCUGCAUGAGGCUAUCCUCUAUGGCCAACAGUUACAGGCCGACUAUCCAGGCGAUGAGAAGAAAGAGCACAAAAAGGCGCUAGACGACAUCUUCUCGCUAGUGGCGUACGCAGACCCCAAAUCCUCAGUGCACGGCCACUUGCUGGAUGCAAGUGGUCGGGUUGGGGUCGCGGAGGAGUUGAAUUCUGCUAUCCUAGUAUCACUUGGAAAAUCCUCCUCCGCGACACUAGAGCGACUAUACCAGCAGACCGAGGCGCUUAUUAACGAACUAAGUGAAGAAGGCGGCGCUGGGGCGUUUAUCAAUGUUGUCGAUGAUUAUUUAAAAUAA